AUGCCGGAUCCCACCUGCUCGCCAUUCGCAUUAAGCUUGAGAAAACAAAGCUCACAAUAUCGCCAGACGAUCGGCAAAUAUCUGAAUUGGGACGUUGAAGCUUACACACUCCCUUGGAUGGCGUUUUGCGCCGGGUUGUCUAUCAACCCACCACUAUCAAAGCACCUCCGUCACAUGGUUGGCGUGCUGUCAAUGAAACAGCUCGACAUGCUGAAAGAUUAUGUGGAGGUGUAUGAUGCAUUCCUCAGUUUGCUGGUUUCGCCAUCCGGGCCAUGGACUAAGGGCCGCCGCAUCCGGGAGUAUCACCAUGCUUGGUGGACAGACCUUGUGACCAUCAAGCUGGAUCGAAGGUUCUUGACAACAUACCUGGACGGCCAUGAGGUGAAGGAAUGUGUCACGGCGCAUUUUGCGCAAUUGUGUGAGGGAGACGCCUUAGUCACACCGGCGACACCAGUUCAAGCAAUGUCAAUGCCGAUUGCUCAGCAGCUAGCCACCAUCCACGCUGAGGCUAGAGAAGAAGGUGAAUAUCUUUUAAAGAUGUUGGAAGACAAGGUUCUAGAGGCGAAGAUGGUGGCAGCCACUAUGCUGAGAUUGGACAUGACAUUAGGGGAUGAUGUACUGCAAGCCAUCACAGUGUCUGACACACUAGUCAAGUAUUUGAAAAAAGAGGCCACAGAAUAA